AGUAAAGAGUUACAACGGUUCACAUAUUCAAUUUGACUAACUUGUGAAAUGUAAUAUCAUGCUAGCAUAUUAGCUUUAAUUUAUUACAGUUCUGCUAAUAAUCCCAACUGUUAACAGAAACUGCUACAAGUUUUAGCCCCAAAAUGUGGCAACAGGAACAGCAGGGGGACCGACCAGCCACAGGCUACCUUCCUGUGUCACUCUUUAACCAGAGGAAGAGAAACAGGAUUCCUCUGAAAUCUGUUCCUGGACAAACUGAGUUCUUUCCCCCAAAUGAAGCCACGGCCAGCACCAGUUCAGCUGCUCCUCUCGGCGCCUCAGGUGCCUAUGGAUGUUACCCGGUCUCAGGUUCUUCUUCUAGUGCUCCUCAAAACCAUCAGUGGAACAGAAAAGGUUUCCCAGAGUCUGCUAAACCCCCGCAGUAUGGCAGCAACAGACCUGCUCCUGGACCCUUUACAACCAGAGUCAUCAAACCCAUGUCACAUCCCUACAAACCAGGGGCCAAGAGCUCCAUGAUGGACCAAACCAGCUUUAGACCCAGCCAAUGGGAUUCCAGCUUUGGUGAUAAUUCCAGACAAAGCAAAAAUCAACAUCCUUCCGGCAACGAGAACCAGGGAAGCAGACCAACACGGCACGCAGGACCCCCUCAGAUGACUCAUCAGUCGUCCCGCAAACCAACGUUCUCUGCACAUCAGUUUUCCCAGCAGUCCAGACCUCUGCCUCCUCAAGAACCACCCGUCAGGCCCUCUGCUCAUGCUGCACAGCAACCUCACAAGUCCUGGAAAUUUACUAACAGCUUUGAGGAGCAGAAAUCUAACCAAGUUGUAAAAAACAGUUCAAAUCAAACUCUUAGAGCUCAACCAACCAAGAAUCAGCAGGAAGCGGUUCCAGUGAAACCCGCCAUGGAGCCUUCUCUCAGGAUCCUGACUACAGUUAUUAAAGGAAUGAGACACUGGAGCCAGUUUAAAGACAAAAUUCCUUGCUUUUAUGAGAUAUUUGCUACUCUGGACUCUGCAGUCACACUGGGGCGCUACGGAGCCAAGAAUUUUCUCCUGAGAGACGGGAAGGACGUGCUGCAGUGUGUCUUCUAUGAAAAUGAGCAGGCGCUGCCACGCCUCAUCCGAGGUCAGGUCCAUCGCUGCGUCGGCAACUAUGACCGCAGCAGAGACGUGCUGAUCUGUAUGUCUGUCAGAGCCGGGCAGCCGUCAGAGCAGAGGAACGCUCUGGAAGCCGUCAAAGUCUCGGAUGCAGAGAUGAGAGCACAGGUCAAGAUACUCAGCGAAGUCUGAGCAUCA